UGUAGUAUAUUAAACAAAAUUGAAAGCAAAUCAUCAGUUGGCAAUCAGUUUGGUUGUCAUUAUAAUAAUUGUUUCAAACAAACGGAUGCAAACAAAUUGAAUGUACAUUUGGUUGCCCACACUCACGAUGAUGUGGGUUGGCUUAAAACGGUUGACCAGUACUACUACGGGUCCAACUCAAGCAUUCAAAGUGCGGGCGUUCAAUACAUAUUAGAUUCGGUAGUCGUAGCACUCGACCAGAACCCGGACCGUCGGUUUAUUUACGUGGAGACAGCGUUUUUCUGGAAAUGGUGGACACAACAGGACAAUCAUACCAAACAAACGGUCGUUAAAUUGGUUAACAAUGGACAAUUGGAAAUAAUUAGCGGCGGUUGGAGUAUGAAUGAUGAGGCGACCACUCACUACAGUGCCAUCAUUGACCAAAUGACGUGGGGAUUCAAACGGCUUCGGGAUAUGUUUGGCGAGCCGUGUGGUGUACCGAAAAUCGGUUGGCAUAUCGACCCGUUUGGUCACAGCCGUGAAAAUGCUUUACUGUUUGCAAAAUUCAAUUUCGACGGACUUUUCUUUUCGCGUAUUGAUUAUGAAGACAGAGACAAGAGAUCCGCUGAUAAGACACUGGAAAUGAUUUGGCAAACAAGUGAUGAUCUCUCCAGAGAACAGUCAGACUUGUUUACCGGAGAUAUGUGGUUAGGAUACGGAAAUGUAACGGCUUUUUGUUGGGAUCUAAACGGCUGUCGAAAUGUCUUUAAUUUGAAUGAACCCAUCAUUGAUGACCCGGAGUGUGAAGACUAUAAUGUCGAUGAUAUGGUUAACAAGUUUGUCGACUAUAUGCUCAGUUACUCCAAAUAUUAUGCCACAAAUCAUAUGAUGUUUCCGAUGGGGGAAGACUUUAUGUAUCAGUCGGCCAAUCCGUGGUUCAAAAAUAUGGAUAAACUAAUCAAAUAUGUAAAUGAAAGACAAAACAAAAUCAAAGUGUUUUAUUCGACGCCAACCUGUUAUCUGAAGAGUCUUCAAGAAACUAAUCACACGUUUGUCACCAAAGAAGACGAUUUUUUUCCUUACGCGUCAGAUCCUCACUCCUAUUGGACCGGAUAUUUCACUAGUCGUCCGGCGCUUAAACGAUACGAAAGAUCUGCCAAUAAUUUUCUACAAAUUUGCAAACAGUUGGAUGUUUUGAGUGCUGGUAACGGUUCCAAUGCUAAUAAGAUAACAGCGCUUAGAGAAUGGAUGGGUGUUAUGCAACAUCACGAUGCAGUGGCCGGCACUGAGAAACAACACGUGGCCGACAACUAUGUACUGAAACUGUAUAAAAGUGUUGAAAAAUGCCAACAAGUAGUCAGUGAGUCAUUGGCUAAACUGUUAAUCAAACAACAAUCGGCUCCCAAACUGCCGCAACAAUUUUGUCAAACAUUAAACGUAAGCGCCUGUCCCCUAACCGAAUCGGACAACUCACUUGCAAUUACUGUAUACAAUCCGACCGGCCAUUCAAUCAAUCAUACUAUUAGGUUACCGGUGACUAAUAAGAUGUUUCAAGUGUUGGACUUUUCAGGUAAAACAGUUCAAUCAGCAGUCGUUCCCAUUCAAGAGGCUGUCCGUCGAAUACCUGAAAGAGUCAGUAAAGCAAACGAUGAGUUAGUAUUUGAGGCCAAAAUACCAUCCCUUGGAUUUUCUACUUAUUUAUUAAAACAAAAUAGUGUUACAUCAAAGUCUAAGACAGCAAAUGUACGAAAGAUUACCACAAGUUUUACACUAAAAGCCAAAAGUUUUGAUGUAAUGUUUGAUAAAUCAGGAAAAUUAUCGUCAAUUAAACUGAAAAAUGGACAGUUUGUUGAUUUUAAACAACAAUUCAAAUAUUAUAAAUCUAAAUCUGGAAACAAUACUAAACCUGAGUUGAGAGCAUCGGGUGCUUAUAUAUUCCGUCCGGAAGGGUCAUCACUGGCAUACAGCGAUUACGAUUUUGAGGCCAAACUAAUCCAAUCAGACAGUAUUGCGGAAGUACAUCAAAAAAUCAAUGCAUACAUAAGCCAAGUAAUCAGAGUCUAUCCAAACCGGGAGUUUAUUGAGUUUGACUACGUGUGUGGACCCAUACCAGUGAACGACAACAUUGGUAAAGAAAUCGUUGCAUUUUUUCAGACAAACCUAACUACAAAUGGCGUAUUUUAUACCGACUCUAAUGGACGACAAAUGAUGAAACGGGUGCUCAACCAACGGCCCACUUGGAACCUAACGAUAACUGAACCAGAAUCAGGAAAUUAUUAUCCCGUCAAUAGCCGAAUAGCCAUUAAGGAUGUGAAACAAAAUGUUCAGAUGACUGUCUUAAAUGAUAGGUCACAGGGAGGCAGUAGUCUUAAAGAUGGUUCGGUUGAGCUGAUGAUCCACAGGAGAAACCUAUUUGACGACAAGUUCGGUGUGAAUGAACCGCUCAACGAACCGGGAACUGAUGGCCAGGGAUUAGUUAUUAGAGGACAAUUAAAAUUAGUUGUAUCUGAUAUCGAAACGGCUGCCGAACAGCACAGGGAUUUAGCACAAAGACUAUAUAUGGAGCCAUUAAUGGUAUUUUCCAAAUAUGCAUUUAGUGAGGAACAGUACUUCAAAAAUUAUAAAACUAGUUAUUCAGCUCUUAAUCAGGAGUUACCCAAAAAUAUUCAUUUGCUUACUCUGGAAGACUGGACAUCAGAUAAUGGGACAGUUGUUUUGCUUAGAUUAGAGCACUUUUACCAGACAAAUGAGUCGAAAUCCAUGUCCAAACCGGUUGAUAUUAAUCUAAAUAAUUUAUUUGUACCGUUUUUUAUCAGCGAAGCAGUAGAGCAAACAUUGGGUGCAAAUCAAGAUAUUAGUGAAAUGAAAAAUAGAUUGAAAUUUAAGACAAUAAAUAAAAAUGAGUUCAUCGGUACUGAAUUGAAACCAAUUAAUAAAUUUGAUAACAAAAACAAUGAUUUAAUAAUAAAUUUGAAACCAAUGGAAAUCAAAACAUUUCUUAUCAAAUUGAAAAACAAGUUUUCAUAA